GGAAGGGAACAUCAAAUGCUAUGAAGACACUUCCAAAAGAUCUUUACAUAAAUACCGCUACAAUCCCCAAAGCAGGCAGGGGUGUUUUUACAAAGAAAAAAGUUGAAAUUAACACUCGUUUUGGACCAUACAGAGGAGAGGUACUUUCGCUUAAAGACGCAGAGGAUGGAAGAGAUCCUUCGUAUAUGUGGGAGAUUGUACAAGGAGGAAAGGUUGUAUAUUGCAUUGAUGGUAAGGAUCUUGCUCAAGGUAAUUGGAUGAGAUUUGUGAAUUGUGCAAGAUUUAAAGAAGAACAAAAUAUAAUUGCAUAUCAAUAUAAUGGAGAAAUUUACUACCGAGUUUAUAAAGAGAUUGAAGCCGAUAAAGAAUUGCUUGUUUGGUAUGGAGAUGAGUAUGCUGAACAGUUGGGAAUAUCGUUGUUUGAUGAGGAAGAUAAUGACAAACAUCAGUUUGAAGUUGGAGGUCACAGCUGUAGACACUGUGGAAGGAUGUAUACUUAUCCCGAUUAUUUAGAGAAACAUUUAAAACGAUGUCCAAUGCUUGUUUGUACGAAUCCCUGGGAAUGUCCACGUUGUGGUCGAAAGUACAGUAGUAAGGACUAUCUAAAUGUUCACAUGAAAAAUGAAUGCGGAAAAAAUCCACGAUUACAAAGACAUUUUACCACUGCGUUUACCACUGCUGUUCAAAAUAUGGGUGACCAAGUUACUACUGUUCGUGCAAAUCUUUCAGAGAGAUUUGUUAUGUUAGUGGGUAAACUUACAGGUCUUGAAAGGAGGAUUGAGAAUCUGGAGGUUCGUGGUGAUAACGAUAGUAAUAAUGCCAACUCGUCAUUAGAGGUUUCUUCGAUGCGUGAUAAAAUUCCAACUCUCGAACGACAAGUGAGAGAAAAUCCUCAACUUUACUACGAUAUCGUGAGCGCUUAG